GCUGCUCAUUGGCAAAGGGUAUGGAGACUCAUCAGAAAUCUCUAGUUAUCCACUUCCUCGCUGCCUUCCUCUUCGUGUCAUCCAGUCAUCUACUUUUAGCUCAAAGCCAGCUUCUCCCCAUCAUCAACGACCAGGUGGCCAAUGCUACCCAGAUGCAUACCUACAUCGUUCACGUAGAAAAGCCCAAGGGCACCAAGUUCCUCCACUUCAGGGACAGAGUAAAUUGGUACACGUCCUUCCUGCCCAACAACACCCUAGACUCCGGGGAGCCACGGAUGCUCUACGCUUAUCGCCGUGUGAUCAGUGGCUUCGCCGCAAGACUGACCCCGGAGGAAGUGGAGGCCAUGGAAGCCAUGGAUGGAUUCCUGCUGGCGCAUCCGGAGAACGAGUACGUUCUCAAAACAACCUACACGCCAAAAAUGUUGGGCCUGAACCAAUGGGGCGGUCUCUGGUAUCCCUCCACGUUGGGCCAGGGGAGGGUUAUCGGGAUGAUCGACUCCGGGAUAGAUCCUACUCACCCCUCCUUUCAGGAUGACGGGAUGCCGCCACCCCCGAAUUACUGGUCCGGCAACUGCUACUGGGGGCCUCCCCUUUGCAACAACAAGCUCGUUGGGGCUGCAGCGUUUAAGUAUGGAAGGACGACGAAUCCCCAGGAUGACGAUGGCCAUGGUACACAUGUCGCCGGUACGGCGGCAGGAAACUUCGUCAACGACGCUCACGUUCUUGGCAACGCCAACGGCACGGCGUCUGGGAUGGCACCUAGAGCUCACCUGGCAAUCUAUAAAGUGCUGCAUGAUUUCCAGGGCAAAACCAGUGGCUUUGAUAGUGAUAUAUUGAAAGGGAUAGACCAAGCCAUCCGCGACGACGUCGACAUCCUCUCCAUGUCUCUUGGUUCAUCCAGAGUGCCUGACUAUCAGAACGGCGUUGCCAAGGCCUCAUUCGCUGCAAUGACAAGGGGGAUCGUCCCUUGCGCGGCUGCGGCGAACGAUGGGCCUUUCAAAAGCAUCAUGGCUAAUGAUGCUCCUUGGAUCCUAACAGUUGGAGCGAGCACCGUGAGUAGAAGAAUACAAGCAAUCGUGAGGCUUGGAAAUGGGAUGGAACUGCUUGGAGAGUCUGCCUACCAGCCGGAGUCCUUCGAGUCGAAGCAGUUGCCCCUGGUGUACCCGUGUGAUCUACGGACAGCUGAUGCCUGUGGUUGCAAUGUCUCGAUGGCCAACUUGGACGUCCAAGAUAAGAUUGUGCUGUGCUGGAAAACGAUCAUUGAUGUCCACCAAAAAGCCAGCAUCAUCAGGAAUGCCGGAGGGGCCGCCAUGAUAGUCAUGAACGUUUGGGAUCAAGGUGAAACAACCGGCGCCGAGACUCCUGGCCUUCCGGCCUCCAAUCUCCCCCUAAGUGCUGCAAAGCAGCUCGUGAAGUACUUCAGAAGUACGGCGAAUGCUACCGCAACAAUCAUUUUCAAUGGCACGCAGUUUGGAGCCCGUCCGACGCCGGCAGUCGCCUCCUUCUCUUCAAGAGGGCCUAGCCUUAGGAACGGGGGCAUCAUAAAGCCUGAUAUCAUCGCUCCCGGCGGGAACAUUCUAGCAGCAUGGCCAUGGGAGGUCGGUCCCAAUCCAACGGGCACAUCCAAGACUUUCGAUUUUCUGAGUGGCACCUCCAUGGCGACGCCUCAUGUCUCCGGGGUCGUGGCCCUUCUCAAGAACACUCACCCAAACUGGUCACCGGCCGCCAUCAAAUCAGCACUCAUGACAACUGCACGCAGGUUCGACAACACCGGGAAUCUCAUUGCCGAUCAGUUCAAUGACACGGCUGCCAGCGUCUUCGCCAUGGGCUCAGGACAUAUCAAUCCUGUCGCUGCCAACGAUCCAGGCCUGAUUUAUGAUCUUCAUUACUAUGAUUAUGUCCAUUACCUCUGUGGUUUGGGGUACACAGACAGGCAAGUUUCAGCUAUUGUUCGUGGCAGAGUCUACUGCUCCCAGGUCCAUCAGAUACGUCCAGAAGACUUAAACUACCCUUCAAUCAUGGUUCACCUUGGAACUUCACCUUCCGCGACGACGGCGGUAAAUCGAACAGUGACCAAUGUAGGAGAUGCUGAUACUGUCUACACGAUCGAAGUUGAGGAACCAGAAGGAGUCCGUGUAGACGUUACUCCUGCUACGCUGCAAUUCUCCCAGGUUGAUGAGAAGCAAAGUUUCGAUCUCACAUUCAGCCACAAGGGCUCCCAACAGUGGAGCGCAGGAGAAGUCGUAGAAGGGCAGCUUAAAUGGGUAUCCGGCAAAUACCUUGUCAGGAGUCCCAUUGCAGUCACAUUCCUUUAAAAUGCUAUGCGCUGGCCUCCUUUAAUAAUAAUUACUGCUACUGCUUAUAAUCUCCUUUGUAAAGCUUUCCUGAAAAUAAAAAUAAUAGUUU